CACUUCCUGCUCUGCGCUGCAUGAUGGCGAUGUCCAUGACAGAUCUGGCACAUUGACUUCGUCCGGAGGGUUUUUUUUUUUUUUACGGUAGCCACUUUGAAAACUUCUCCGGAGACGUGUGUUUGCAAAUGAACCACUAACGUGAAAUCCUCGUCAGUGGAUAUUAAAUGAGGUAAACAGCGGGUGAACAGCUUUAUUUUCUCCCUUAGCUCGACAUUGCUAAUAAUGGCGCUUCACAGACUGUCCUUCAGACUACGGCAGACGGUAACACAUGUUAGGUCCCUUCAUACCAGUGGAUGUGGGCAGCAGCAGGAGGCUUUGGCUGCAGAGUCAGAACCAGAGCCCUUCUCAGUUUUUAGAACACAAGAGAACGAGCCGGCAUGUCAGUCCGGGAAUCAGAUUGGACAGUAUUACACUCUGCCAUCUGCACACAUCCGCACUCUGUUCCCUCAUGGCCUCCCUCGGCGCUAUCAACAACAGGUGAAGACGUUUAAUGAAGCCUGUGUGAUGGUGAGGCAGCCUGCUCUUGAGGUCAUUGACUACCUGAAGAAAACAGACAUCAGCAAACCCCCUGUGCGAUAUGUUUUCUAUGGGUUAAAGGGCAGUGGGAAGACAAUGUCUCUCUGUCACACCGUCCACUUCUGCUACACACAGGGAUGGCUGGUCCUUCAUAUUCCGGAUGCUCAUGUCUGGGUGAAGAACUGCAAAGAGCUGCUGCCCUCGUCUUUUAACUCAUCUCGCUUUGAUCAGCCGUUACAAGCCACCGAAUGGUUACGCAACUUCAGAACCACCAAUGAGCCCUUUCUGUCAAAGAUUAAGACGAAACAGCGCUAUGUGUGGACGAAGAGAGAGUUCACUGAGGAGGGAAGCUUGCUAGCAGAGCUGGUGGAUCAGGGCAUAUCUCGUGUGAAGAGCAGCAGUGAUGUUGUGGGGGCGGUGAUGAAGGAGCUGAGGCUGCAGAGCGGGCAGCCGGAGUCAGACUUCCGCCUGGCUGUGGCUGUGGACGGUGUCAAUGCCCUGUGGGGAAGAUCCACUAUCAAAAAGGAGGAUAAGAGUGCUGUGGAUCCUGAAGAGCUCACUUUAGUCUAUAACCUGAGGAAAAUGAUGAAAAACGACUGGACCGGAGGCGCCAUCAUCACAACUCUGGCUCAGACGGGGUCUCUCUACACUUCAAGAUCUGAAUAUUUGCCUCAAGAGCUGCUGGGAGAGACGGGGUUUGACAACAUGGACCCGUUCAUCCCGGUGUCAGUGCCCAACUACAGCGAGAAAGAGUUUGAAAGCUGUUACCUCUAUUACAUGGACCGCCACUGGCUACAGCAUCCACAGAGCCACACAGAGGAAGGAAAGAAAGAAAUCAUCUUUUUGAGCAACAGAAAUCCGUCAAUGUUGGACAGAGUUUGUGCCUCCCUCUGAAGUUCUGAAGAGAUAUAAACCACAACCAUGAAUAUCAGUGUCUCAGAAAUAAACAUACAAGUGUCCACGUCUAUAAUAUAUGUGUCCUUCUGUAAAUUAUGAUGCAUGUGUGUAACUUUGAUAAUAAAAUAAUACAGUUUAAAGCAAGUUUUGUUUUUUUAUAUUUUGUUUUUCUUAAAUUCAACAUGUUUGUAGUUUUAAGUAACUUUCACUUAGUUUAAGAGGAGCUGCUUUGUUACAAGACUAAAUGACUGUGGCUCAGUUAGUACAGUCGGUUGUCUCUCAACCGGAAGGUUGGGGAUUCGAUCCCCGGCUCCUGCAGUCAAUGUGUCCUUGACAUGUGUGAUGUGUCCUUGGGCGAGACACUUAACCCCAAGUAGCUCCCGCUGCUCCAGCGGCAGUGUAUGAAUGUGUAUGUAUGGGUAAGUUAAUGCUGAUGGUCACUGUACAUAGCAGCCUCUGCCAUGAGAGUGUGAAUGGGUAGGUGUGACCUUUGGUGUAAAAGUGCUUUGAGUAGUCGGAAGACUAGAAAAGCUAUACAUGCUAUAGGCCUUUUACAAUUUUCCAUAGUCUGCUAUUAGAAUCUGAAAAUGAUCUUUGUGAAUUAAAUCAUUUCUGCCACAUAAUAGCUAACUAAAUGUACAAUUCAAUUAUAUGCCAUGUACUUGUAACCAUUACAUUUUCGGAAUUUAUAAAAAAGGAAAUUGAUGCAGAAACAGUAAUUUGGUCUUACAAGUAUUAAAUACAAGUUUUAUUUGGAUAAAGCUAUAAAAACUUGUUCAAAUAUAUAUGAUAUAAUUUCUCUAUAUUUCCCAAAUCAUGAAUAAAAUAUUGCUGUUAACUUCUGUUAUGCUUUUCAAACAUCUGGAAGCACAUGUAACACAGUAACCUUAAUUGAGCUCAGAGGUCCCCCUCCUUUCCUUACAGCACCGGGAUACAGCACCACCUGGCGAUUGGUCAGAAUAUUACAUGCGUGUUCACGUGAUAGUUGGAUGUAGUCACAUGACACAUACAAAAGUCUCAUUCGCUCGUCAAAACAUCAGUGGGCUUAAACGGCGGAGUUGAUAAAGUCAAGGUGACGAUCAGUUGUGAUUUUAUUUUAUUACCUUACAGGACAUGACAGAGUUUGUAUCCGGAUCCUGUAAG